CGCGCAGCGGGCGAUGAUGGGGCGGCCAUGGCCCGGGCUGGCAGCUCCGGCGGGGACGCGGCGGCCGGGGAGCUGGCGGCGGGCGGCGGGCGGCCCGAGCCGUGGGAGCUGUCCCUGGAGGAGGUGCUGAAGGCGUACGAGCAGCCCAUCAACGAGGAGCAGGCGUGGGCCGUGUGCUUCCAGGGCUGCCGCGGGCUGCGGGGCGCGCCGGGCGGCCGGCGGCGCAUCCGGGACACGGCGGACAUCCUCCUGCGCAGGGACGGCUCGGUCAGCGCGAGGCCGGAGCCCGGCGACGCGGAGCCCACAACAAUGGUGGUGUCACCGGCCAGCUCGGAAGCCCAGAUGGUGCAGUCGCUGGGCUUCGCCAUCUACCGCGCGCUGGACUGGGGUCUGGACGAGAGCGAGGAGCGGGAGCUCAGCCCGCAGCUGGAGCGGCUCAUCGACCUGAUGGCUAACAGCGACUGUGAUGACGGCGGCUGCGGGACGGCUGAUGAGGGCUAUGGGGGCCCUGAGGAGGAGGAAGAGGCGGAGGGCGCACCCCGCGCCGUGCGCACCUUCGCGCAGGCCAUGCGGCUUUGCGCGCUGCGCCUGACGGACCCCCGGGGCGCACAGGCCCACUACCAGGCUGUGUGCCGGGCGCUCUUCGUGGAGACGCUGGAGCUGCGGGCCUUCCUCGCCAGGGUCCGAGAGGCCAAGGAGAUGCUGCAGAAGCUGCGGGAGGACGAGCCGCAGGCAGACCAGCCCCUGGCGGAGCUUGACAACCUGGGGCACACGGACUGGGCCCGACUUUGGGUGCAGCUCAUGCGGGAGCUCCGCCACGGAGUGAAGCUCAAGAAGGUGCAGGAGCAGGAGUUCAACCCGCUGCCCACCGAGUUCCAGCUCACCCCCUUCGAGAUGCUGAUGCAGGACAUCCGUGCCAGGAACUACAAGCUGCGCAAGGUCAUGGUUGAUGGGGACAUCCCUCCCAGGGUGAAGAAGGAUGCCCACGAGCUCAUCCUGGACUUCAUCCGCUCGCGGCCCCCACUGAAACAGGUCUCAGAGAGAAGGCUCCGCCCUCUCCCCCAGAAGCAGAGGACCCUGCACGAGAGGAUCCUGGAGGAGAUCAAGCAGGAGCGGAGGCUGCGCCCCGUGGGGGCAGAGCGCUGGGGUGGCAGGGGUUUCGGCUCCCUGCCCUGCAUCCUCAAUGCUUGCUCAGGGGAUAGCAAGUCCACUUCCUGCAUCAACCUGUCCGUUACGGAUGCCGGGAGCUGCGCCCAACGCCCACGGCCCCGGGUCCUGCUCAAGGCGCCCACCUUGGCAGAGAUGGAGGAGAUGAACACGUCUGAGGAGGAAGAGUCUCCGUGUGGGGAGGUGACCCUGAAGCGGGACCGCUCUUUCUCAGAGCACGACCUUGUCCAGCUGCGGACUGAAGCAGCCUCUGGCCUGCAGCCGGCCACUCAGCCCCCAGGAGGCUCGGAGCCAUCUCGGGCCCGUGCAGGCAGCAUGCGCGCCUGGCGGCCGAGCACCCAGGAGCCGGGCAAGUGCCCUUCGUCCCAGGCUGACUCCAGCUCCCCCAGACACAGUGACCUGGGCUUCGCAGAGGACAGGACAGGGGCCUCUGUGGCCCCAGACGCCAAUCACCGGUGGCUGGAGUUCAGCCACCCCGCAGAGAGCCUGGCGCUGACCGUGGAGGAGGUCGUGGAUGUGCGCCGUGUGCUGGUGAAGGCUGAGAUGGAGAAGUUCCUGCAGAACAGAGAGCUCUUCAGCAGCCUGAAGAAGGGGAAGAUUUGCUGCUGUUGCCGAACCAAGUUCCCACUAUUCUCCUGGCCGCCCACCUGUCUCUUUUGCAAGAGAGCUGUCUGCACUUCCUGCAGCAUAAAGAUGAAGAUGCCUUCUAGGAAGUUUGCACACAUCCCCGUCUACACGCUGGGCUUCGAGAGUCCUCAGAGGGUGGCAAAUGCCAAAGCCACAGCGGCACAGAGAAGAGAUGUCUUCCAGUCCCUGCAGGGGCCCCAGUGGCAGAGUGUGGAGGAGGAGUUCCCACACAUGUACACCCACGGCUGUGUCCUGAAGGACGUCUGCAGCGACUGCACCAGCUUCGUGGCGGAUGUGGUGCGCUCCAGCCGCAAGAGCGUGGAUGCCCUCAACACUACUCCUCGCCGCGCCCGCCAGACCCAGUCCCUCUACAUCCCGAACACCUGGACUCUCGACUUCAAGUGACAGCUCUUGCUACCCCAGCCCACCUGGCCGCAAGCUUUUCAACGUGGCCUGAGGGGGCCAGGCCUCUGGGGAGGAGGUGGGCCAGUUCUGAACCAGGCUGGGAGCUCCCCGUCAUGGGGCACAACUGCCACCUGCUUCCUGAAUGUGCAUGUACAUAUAUAUAUAGAGAGAGAUACAUUUAUAUAACAUAUACACAGCCUAUAUAUUUAUAUAUGUUUCCUGGCCCCAGAGUCCAUUUGGGGUCAGGCUUAUUUCCAGGACCCCUCUGGGAAGGCUGUUUCAUCUCAGGACUCCUAGGGUUGGGUGGGGAUGGCAGAGGAUAGAAAGAGUAGGCUGGAGGCAGUGCAGGGGACGGCGGGGCUCUGGGAAAGACCCUGCCCUCCCAUGUUUGUUCUCCAUCCUUCCUUGGGCAGACGCCCAGGUUUGGAAGUAGACCUUGGUCCCCAGGUGGACUGGAGCGCCCUACUUGCAUCUGUGCACCUGCAUCAGGGAUAUGGGCUGCAGAGGGUCCUUGGAAGCCUGAGUGGUUGAGAGUCUCCCAGGCAGGUGUCCCAGGGCCAUCCCCUUGGAAGGUCUGAGGCGAAGCUCACUCCCUGCCCAACGCCAAGUCCCUGCCGUGCUCUCGGUCUUGUUACCGGGAGGAGCCCUGUAAAUGUGUACUCACGGCCACUCUUGGUCUA